AUGGUGGUCUCAGUGCGUUGCGCGGCCGGCACGUCGUCCGCGUCGAUGUACGCGAUGUCCUGCGGGGGGGCGCGCAGCCGCGAGCGCAAGCCGGCCGCCGAGUGGGCGGACAGCCGCUCCUCCAAGUCCUCCAGCGUCGAUUUGAACGCGCGCACCACGCGCAGCUGCAACCAACACAACCCUCCCAGUGCGCGCACGCCCCUACGCCCCGUCUAUUACACCCUCGCCGCUGCCUACGCCCGCCUACCGACGCUGCACACGCGACGCCGCCGUUAUACCGAGUGUGGUGUGGAUGUUCUCGAGAGGCUACGGCGCUACGGCUGUAUUCAGAGUACGUUCAGUGUGACGCGGACGUCGCUC